AUGGCAGAACACCAAGGUCCAUUGGAUGCAAUUCCAAAGACCAAUUAUCAAUCUCUCUUGACGAUAGCAAAUUACUAUUCUACAAAGCAAAUGAUUGAACAAAUUUUAUCAGAGGACCAAGAUUAUGUAUCAUGGAAGUUGAAAGAAAAUAGAACAGGUGGAACAAUGAAUGCCUUUUUAAAUUUUGAUAAUUAUAAUUUUGGUCCAGGUAGUGAACCAGAAGAAGUACCUGAUAAUAAAUUAAAUAGAAUUCCAAACGAUCUAACGUUCGUAAAAGAUGAAUACAAUGAAAUUAGAGAAGAAGAGAUCAAAUCAAUAAAGGAAGAAAAUGACAAUCCUGAAGAACUCAGUUAUGAUGAACAAUUUAAAUUAUUAGUCUUAAAUUUAGAUGAGGAUCAAAGUAAUAGAUUUGAAGUAUUUCAUAGAACGUCGUUGAAUAAAAGUCAAGUUAAGAAGCUUGCCACUACAGUUUGUAAUCAAACAAUUGGUGAAAAUUUACGUGUUUUCUUACAAGCCAUUGGUAAAGUGUUUGCAGGAGAAAUUAUUGAAUUAGCAUUAGAAGUAAGAAGGAAAUCGUUUAUAGGUAAGAUGGUGUGUGAGUUUGAUAGAAGGAAAGAAAUUGGUCAAAAAUUGAAAAAAUAUUUGAAAAAAUUAACAAUACUUGUUGAAAAGAAUAAUUCAAAUACCAAUGAUAAUAACACCAAUUUAGAAUUCAAUGUAAAUGAACUCUUUGAAAAUGAUAGUGUUGAAGAAAAUGAAAGUGAUCCAUAUUAUGAUGAUGAAGAAGCAGAAAUGAAGGAAGUACAAAUGGGGAAUAAACUUUUAAAAAGCGAAAAGAAUACACAAGAAGUUAGAAGUGGUUUGAUAACGCGGUAUAAUAAACUUGUUAAAGCAUUUAAUUCUCUGGAUGUUAGUUUUGAAAAAUAUCAAAAUAGUCCGUUACUUCCUGAGCAUAUAAGGCAGGCAUCGCAAUUAUAUUAUAUACAAAAGGAAGGUGUAAUUACGAAUGCAUGGAGAGGUCAAGGUGAAGCUAGUGGGACGAUGUUUAGAUAG